UACCCUACACCUUCAAGGUCCGUGUCCUUGAAGAUCGCGACACGUCGCUCGAAAAAAAAAGCUUCGCCCGAAGGGAAACCGAAGAGGAUCCCCGUCGCACGGCGCCCGCGAGCGCUGAGACAUCGGCCCAGUAAUUCACGAGAUACUUCCACCGGAAGUGAUUGUGCCCUGACGGUAACCUCGUGGCUCUGAUCCGAGGAACCUUCCCUCCGUGCUCCCCGUUGCUCUCUCUUCUCUUCCCCUCUCGGAGCUGCUCGCGGCAGGUGUGACCGAGGAGAAACCGUGGAUACGGGGCGGUGAUCACGUGAGAACGUGCCACGGGACGGGAAACGCGUCCAUCGGGAAACGAGGGUAGCUACGCGCCGCCGACCGAGGAUGACGAGGUCCUCGCUGGUGCUGCUGUUCCUAGCAGCGAUCGUUCUUGCCGAGGGCUUAGAACGAGUGAAGAGGCAAGAGGAAUCAAAGAAGGAAGAAAGCUUCGAGAGCGAGAUAUGCAAGGACAAAGACGCAGGCGAAUGGUUCCGAUUGGUAGCGGGCGAGGGUGACAACUGCAGGGACGUGAUCCAGUGCACCAGUUCCGGCCUCCAGGCCAUCAGGUGUCCUGCGGGUCUCUACUUCGACAUCGACAAGCAGACCUGCGACUGGAAGGACUCGGUGAACAACUGCAAACUGAAGAACAAAGAGAGAAAAGCGAAACCGUUGCUCUACACCGAAGAACCUCUCUGCCAAGAUGGCUUCCUCGCGUGCGGGGACGGCUCCUGUAUCGAACGAGGCCUCUUCUGUAACGGGGAGAAAGACUGCACUGACGGCUCCGACGAGAACAUCUGCGACAUGGACAACGAUCCUAACAGGGCGCCUCCCUGCGACCCCGCGGUCUGCGUUCUUCCGGAUUGCUUCUGCUCGGAGGACGGCACGCUGAUCCCCGGCGACCUGCCGUCGAAGGACGUGCCUCAGAUGAUCACGAUCACGUUCGACGACGCGAUCAACAACAACAACAUCGGCCUGUACAAAGAGAUCUUCAACGGCAAACGCAAGAACCCGAACGGCUGCGACGUCAAGGCCACCUUCUUCGUCUCCCACAAGUACACCAACUACUCGGCCGUGCAGGAAAUGCACAGGAAAGGACACGAGAUCGCCGUUCACUCUAUCUCACACAACGACGACGAACGUUUCUGGUCGGACGCGACCGUCGACGAUUGGGCGAAGGAAAUGGCCGGUAUGAGGAUCAUCGCGGAGAAGUACGCCAAUCUGACCGACAACAGCGUGGUCGGCGUCAGGGCGCCGUACCUGAGGGUCGGCGGCAACAAUCAGUUCACCAUGAUGGAAGAGCAAGCGUUCCUCUAUGACUCCACGAUCACCGCGGCCUUGAACAACCCACCACUGUGGCCUUACACCAUGUACUUCAGGAUGCCGCACCGCUGCCACGGAAAUCUUCAGCAUUGCCCCACCAGGUCGCACGCCGUCUGGGAGAUGGUGAUGAACGAGCUGGACCGCCGCGAGGACCCGCAGAACGACGAGUACUUGCCCGGCUGCGCGAUGGUCGACUCCUGCAGCAACAUCCUGACCGGCGACCAGUUCUACAACUUCCUGAACCACAACUUCGACCGCCACUACGAGCAGAACCGCGCUCCCCUGGGCCUCUACUUCCACGCUGCCUGGCUGAAGAACAACCCCGAGUUCCUGGACGCGUUCCUCUACUGGAUCGACGAGAUCCUGUCGAACCACAACGACGUCUACUUCGUGACCAUGACCCAGGUGAUCCAGUGGAUCCAGAACCCCCGCACGGUGACCGAGUCGAAGAACUUCGAGCCGUGGAGAGAGAAGUGCGUGGUCGACGGCAACCCGGCCUGCUGGGUACCCCACACCUGCAAGCUCACCUCGAAGGAGGUGCCCGGCGAGACCAUCAACCUGCAGACCUGCGUGCGCUGCCCUAACAACUACCCCUGGGUAAACGACCCGACCGGCGACGGGUUCUUCUAAUCCCGGCGGUUCCUCCAUCACGUCUAAGUCACAGCUGCCCUACCGAUGAUCCCAUCCGCCUGUUCUGAAGGCGUUCACCUCGACGAACAGAAAUUUGCCCACCCCAUCAGUCCAACAAAAUCGUCCCAACUCGCGUGGCUCGUCCCAUCGAUCGACCGGCCGAUCCUCGUAGGCCUACAAGCUUUUUAGAGGAUGGCUAGGUGUCUUCCUCUUUUCGAAAAUUCGCGGAGUCGAAUCGCCAAGGAUCCGGGCAGGGUAUGUUCCGACGGUACAGGGUAAUCCACGGGAGCGGAGGGGGAGGUUCCGAGGACUGGGAGGAUCCGAGGGUACCCGAACGAGCCCCUAAACCGUGAACCGUCACCAGCGAUCUGUGAUAAGUCGUGAAACCAGAGAUUCAGCGGCCAGGACGAAACGAGGCGACAACGGGAGCGCGAUUCCCCCUUCGUUCCCGAGCUGUCCGACGAUCCUCCUCUCCCACUGCCUCCAUCCCUCUGCCCUAGAAUCCCCGACGAUCCCCUAUGAACCCGACGAGCGGGCCGGACGCGGGUCCGCCUCGGUUGUGUAUAAUAGAGAAACGCUGUGUCCCCGAUUUCGUCCCUCGAGUUCAUUCCUGCCCACCCCAGGGACACGGACGGACGGACGGACGGAUCAGCGGAAGGAUCGAUGGAUCUGGCCGCGGCUGGAGCUGAUCGGCUACAGCGGAAUCGACGAUCCCUCGGCGAGCAAAAGCUACCGCCCCCCCUUCCAUCCGGGUCGGUCGCCCUUACGUUUUCUAAGGGCUCGCCGAACUUUUAUAAAUACACGAGUAUAUCUAUAUGUAUAUACGUAUACGAGUACGUAUAUCUAUAUAUAUAUGAAUAUAUAAAUAUUAAUUGUUGUGUGUACAUUAUUAAAUGAUAAGUGAUAAUCAAUUCACCGAACGGAACCUUUGAAUAAAAGAGAAACUUGCGAGAACUCGAGCUGGUGUUGGACUCUCGUUUCAUUUCACGCGGCGACAAGCGCGCGACCCGAAUUCCCACAGUUCC